CUUCCUCUCUCUCUUUUUCUCUCUCUCUCACGAUCGAUCGAUCGAUCUCUCGAUCUCGAACUCUUGCGAUCUCUCUCGCGAUUUGGGGUGGAUACGAUGAUCUUCUACAUGCUCGGAUCGUCGCUGCGGAGGUGCGGGAUCGGGGGCGGGGCGCGACUGGGGCGCGCCUUCUCCGCCGUCGCGAGCGGCGGGGCCGAGGGCGGCGAUGUGGCGGCGCUCCGCCGCGCCGCGGCCGGGGUUUUGGCCGUGGGGGGGUCGGGGCUGGGGCUCUGGUUCCUCCCCUCGUCGUCGUCGCCGGAGUCGUCUUCCGUCUCCUUCGCCGACUCCGGAUCGGAGCGGGUGAACGGUCCCGAGCGCGAGAUCGCAAUCCCCGACGCGGGCAAGGAGAAGAAGCCGAGGUUUCUACUCGGAGACUCAUACCGAAGAAAGGUGUUUUUUAACUAUGAGAAAAGGAUCAGACUUCGAAGUCCCCCUGAAAAGAUAUUCGAGUACUUUGCAUCCUUCCGCAGCCCAGAAGGAGAGGUAUUUAUGUUACCUGCAGAUUUGAUGCGAGCCGUAGUCCCUGUGUUUCCUCCAUCAGAGUCCAAUAUCAUUAGAGAAGGAUAUUUAAGAGGGGAACGCAAUCCUGGGGAUUUGCACUGCAGUCCGUCAAACUUUUUUAUGCUCUUUGAUACUAACAAUGAUGGACUUAUAUCAUUUCCAGAGUACAUCUUUUUUGUGACAUUGCUCAGCAUCCCCGAAUCAAGCUUCAGAGUGGCUUUUAAAAUGUUUGAUCUUGACAACAAUGGGGAGAUAGAACAAGAAGAGUUCAAGAAAGUGAUGGCAUUGAUGCGUUCUCAUAAUAGACAAGGGUCCUCCCACAGGGACGGCUUGCGAAUUGGCCUCAAAGUUGGCGGUUCCGUCGAGAAUGGGGGCCUUCUCGAAUACUUCUUCGGUGAGGAUGGGAACCGCUCUCUUCAUUAUGAUAAAUUUGUCCAGUUUCUGAGGGGCUUGCACGACGAGAUUGUGCGCUUGGAAUUCACGCACUAUGACUUCAUGUCAAGAGGAUCUAUAUCUGCCAAGGAUUUCGCACUAUCCAUGGUUGCUUCGGCCGACAUGAACCACAUAAACAAGUUCCUGGACCGAGCCGACGAUAUUGAGAACGUCUCGCACCUGAGAGACGUGCGCAUUACUUUCGAGGAGUUCAAGGCCUUUGCCGACUUGCGCAAGAGGUUGGAACCGCUGGCUGUGGCCAUGUUCAGUUACGGGAAAGUAAACGGUCUUUUGACGAAGCAGGAUUUCAAGCGAGCGGCAUCCCAAGUCUGCGGGGUCGCUGUAUCCGACAAUACGGUCGACGUCAUCUUCCACGUAUUCGACACCAACCGCGACGGCAACAUAAGCUUAGAGGAGUUCCUACGGGCUUUGCAGAAAAGGGAAAGCGACAUCCGCCAGCCGACGACAUCUUCGGGCUUGGUAGGGCUUCUCUCCUGCUGGCUGAAUUGCACGAAAAACUGCUCUCUUCCGCGGAUUCAUUAACAAGCAAGCAUUCCCUCAGCCGCUACCGUAACCGAUACUCUCUAACCUGACCGAGAUUUUCGGCUAGUAAAUAAAUUCGAUAAGAAGGUACAGUAGCACGACCACGUAAAGUCCGAGUGAUCGCUUUUUUUCGGCGACCGGGUAAGCGUGCGCGUUCUUUUUCUUUUUCUUUUUUUCCUUUUUUCUUUUGUAAAUAGGUAUCUGUGACUUCAAAAUGUGGCUUUGGAGCAUGCUAUGUAUAUAGAACUGUUUACCGUUUGCUUUAUGUAGUCCUCUCUGUGAUGUUCUGAUGGAGACUUCGAAAAUGUACAACCGUAUAUGCUUGCUUCGUUUA